UGUGUGAAGUCACGUGGGGGGUUUGUAACUCCGGGUUACCUUUCGGUCGGCCGACCUUCUUUGCUCUCAGGUCUCACGCCCUCACCCAGCUCGGACGGAGCUGUGUGCGAUGGCAGCCACCGCGAUCGCGUUGGCCGCAGCUCUAGGUGGAGGGUUGCUUCUCAUCGCCCGGCGCUUCUGGUCGGCAGCAGGGGUGAAGCAGAGCAUAACCGCGGCCACCGGCCUGAUGGAGGGAAAGACGGUGAUUAUCACCGGGGCCAAUAGCGGCCUGGGCCGGGCCACAGCGGCGGAGUUGCUACGGCAACGCGCGAGGGUCAUAAUGGCCUGCCGGGACCGCGGCCGCGCUGAGGAGGCCGCGCGCGAGCUCCGUGCCGAGCUGGGCUUGUGCUCGCGGGGCGGUGGCGAGUGCCGCGGGGAACUGCUAGUGCGAGAGCUCGACCUGGCCUCGCUCCGCUCCGUGCGCAGCUUCUGCCAGCAGGUGCUGCAGGAAGAGCCCAGGCUGGAUGUCCUAAUCAAUAAUGCAGGAAUAUUCCAGUGCCUUUAUAUGAAGACAGAAGAUGGUUUUGAGAUGCAGUUUGGCGUCAACCACUUGGGUCACUUCUUGCUCACAAACCUUCUUCUUGGACUUCUGAAAAACUCAGCACCCAGCAGGAUCAUAGUGGUUUCCUCCAAACUUUACAAAUAUGGAGAGAUCAACUUUGAUGACUUAAACAGUGAGCUCCAUUACAACAAAAGCUUUGCAUAUAGUAGAAGCAAGUUGGCGAACAUAUUGUUCACCAGGGAGUUAGCCCGCCGCUUGGAAGGCACAGGGGUCACUGUCAAUGUGCUUCAUCCUGGUAUUGUCAGAACAAAUCUAGGUAGACACAUACAUAUUCCUUUCCUAGCCAAGCCCCUCUUCAAUUUGGUGUCUUGGGCUUUCUUCAAAUCCCCAUUGGAAGGAGCCCAAACUUCUAUUUAUCUGGCCUCUUCUCCAGAAGUAGGAGGUGUAUCUGGGAAAUAUUUUGGAGACUGCAAGGAAGAACAACUUCUGCCUAUAGCUAUGGAUGACUUGGUUGGAAGGAAACUCUGGGAUAUCAGUGAAGUGAUGGUGGGGCUACUAAAAUAAAUGCCAUGGGGAAAUGCUGUAUAAAGAUAGAGUAAAUAGUUAUUUUUGUGAUGCUAAUCAUUUUCUGCAUUUGUUCUGUUGAGACAUAUGAAGCCCAACUUUGUAUCUCAGAUGGGAUACAUAGUAGCAACCAAUCUGAGCGGCUUAUUUUAAAGAAAGUAUUCUCUGUUGAAAAGAAAUUGAUUAUUUAAGGAAAAGAAAUAGAUUUUAAGGAAGUGUCUAUGUUUCUGAAUUGUGAAAGAUUUAGCUGGUCUACAAGAAAUUGAUUAUUUAAGAAAAAUAAAUUUUAAGAAAGUGUCGGCAUAUUUCUGAAUUGAGAAAGAUUUAGCUGGUCUACAAACAAAGUGGAAGUAUGUCUGCUUUCUAAAAUAUGUGCUGAUAGUUCAGUGUUUGUAUCUGAAUUAGCUGUGCAUGCUACUGUUGGAAUUUGUGACAGCAUUGUUUUUGUAUUCUAAGAAGAAUACCAAGAAUAUUAGAGAGUAUAAUCUUUUAGUGAAUGCCUCAGUCAAUGUACAUAUUUCUGCCUUGGUGAGCAAAGCUAGAAAAAUGAGAGAAUCUUGACUAGUGAUAUAAUAACACAAUUCAGUAUCAGUUCCCUAAUCACUUCUUGGAGCAGAAUCCUGGGCACAGCUGAGCAUUUUUAAGUCUUGCUGGUCUCAAUUAAAUUUAAUUAAUGUGUGCUUAACAAUGCACUGAGUUGCUUCUUUAAUGAUGUUUGUCUUUGCUCAAAAAUGCUUUCAUCAGCCAUGAAACAUCUCAAAACAAGAACCCUGUUGAGGUACUUUUACUUCAGGCUUCUCAGUGAGGCACUUUUCUUUGGCUAGAUACUGCCUCUCAGGAACAUUUGCCUUCACAUUUAUUCUACAGCAAACGUAACACCUUUUACUUUGAAAAUGCUCACUAAGUCCUGACUUGCAUAAGCCUUUCUCUGCAUGUCAGAUUUGCACAAAGUCAGUAGUUAGAUUGUUUUUUCCAGAAUCAGUGAGCUGUGAAAUGGUCUGCCUGCAUCUGUUGAAUAAAGCUGUGAUCGUAAACAUUGUUUGCAAGCAAGUUUCACUAACAUCUUUGACUUGUAUCCUGAACUGAUCUGGACACAGAAGGCAUUUCCAUUGUGCAAGUGUGGCGUAAGUCUCAUCAAUUUUCCACUUUCUGCUUUAGUCUCCUUCGUUGCACACUGUCCUGUUUGGGAGGGGCCCCCACCCUCAGGAGUAUGAUUUCCGGGGGGGGGCGGCACACAGGAGGCUGCAGAGGGAAUGAGAGGCAGGAAAGUUUAAUUCCAACAACUGAACUUCAUCCCAUCAGCAGAAAGUAACUUCAGGUCUAAGCCAAUAGUACUUACUUCCACAUAAGGAAUGUGCAAUUCGAAUACGAACAAGUUCUGGUGAACCUGCUCACCAGAUUCUGCUGACCAGAACCUGCUCACAAGAUCUGGUGAACCUGCUCAUUCUGGUUUAGGCCGACCCAUGAACUGGUUUAGCAGUUCGAGUGCGGCAUCAGGUGAGCAGCACUUUUAAAAGUGAGUGCAAUAGGUCCUUACCUGCAUGACAGCUGCUUCAUGCAGUUUCCUGUGGUGGUGGUGGUGGUGGCGGUGGCAUUCUCCCCCAGCAGCCUGCAUGUGGUGGUGCAGCGGCAGGACACACAUGGCCACUGCGCAUGCACAGAAGCCAUUGUGUGAUCAGCAACCAUGCUGACCAUGCAAAUAGCUUCCACGCAUGCGCAGUGGCCAUGUGCGUGUUGGCACUGUCACAUGCAGGCUGCUGGGGGGAGUGCCGCCGCAGCAGGAAGCUUCAUGGAGUGGCUGUCAUCAAGGUAAGGACCUGCUAUACUCAUUUCUAAUGGUGCCCCCCAGGUGCUGCACUCAAACCACCAAAUUGGUUCGUGGGUCAGCCAAACCGGAACAAACUGGUUCACCGAACCAUGAACCGGUUCGUAUUCGAACAGCUGCACAAACGGGGGUUUGUACACAUCCCUCUUCCACAUAAUGUAUGCAAGAUUGAGGUACAACAUUGGUUUUUGCACAGAUGCCAGCAUUCACCCUAACUUAGGUGUUGAUCUCUUUUGGUGUAAUAUUUUGAGAGUAAGAUUUUGAGUGGUAUGCACAAAUAUUAAUUGGGUUAUCUCAUUAAACUGAGAAGUAGAAUUUCAGUCCAGAUGUUCUUAAUCACAAAUUCAGUGAGGGGAGUGGCACGUAAGUUUGCAUAAACUACAGUCCGCUAACCAUCUAAGACUGCCAUCUCUCCUGAAUCACUUCGGAAGUAGUCCCAUUAAAGUCACAGUAAAUGGGGCUAUGGAUUCUAGCUUAAACUGGUAUACCUGUACUUAACAGCUUAGUGCUGUUAAUACUGUAGGACUAACGCAAUGAUCUCGAGCAUGUUCCACAGAUGUAAAUGCCACAAGUGCGCCUCAGCUUAGGAUGUAAGUUGGCUUGAGUGGUUUCUAUUAUAGGUGCCUGCCCUAAGAAUACUACCUGUCUUCCUGAGUAAUUGAACUGAUAAACUGCCAUCUAUGUUAGUGCACUUGUUAGUAGCACUGGCUUGUGGGGGGGGGGCAUGCCCGCACACACACAGUCUAUAGUAUGUGUCCAUAACUAGUCUCGUGCUGGUUAAAAAAAAUUAUAUAGAUUCUCUGCUGUGCUGAGGAGUUGUUGUUUCACAGUGUUUAGUUUUGGUUUUAAUUCCAUUAAAGUUACUUCCUUUUGUUCUUCAUAAAUAUAUACAUAUAUAUCCUAAAUAAAAAUAUAUCAAAGAUG